AUCGAGGCAGAGCUGGAUAAAUUGGUCAAGCAGGGAGUUCUCUCACCCGUGGACUCUGCUAAGUGGGAGACUCCAAUCGUCACACCCCUUAAAGCAAAUGGGGAAGUCAGGAUAUGUGCAGAUUACAAAUGUACUAUCAAUAAGGCACUCAGGGGAAACUCAUACCCCAUUCCAGUCGUAUCACAUCUGUUGGCUAAACUGGCUGGGGGCAAGGUGUUCGCCAAAAUUGACCUGGCACAAGCUUACCAACAGCUGCCAGUAACCCCACAAUCAGCGGAAGCACAGACUAUUGUCACACAUAAAGGGGCGUUCAGAGUUAACAGAUUACAGUUCGGAGUUUGUGUGGCCCCAGGGAUUUUUCAAGGGCUCAUGGAACGCCUGUUAAGAGGUCUGCCGGGGGUCUUGCCAUUUUUUGAUGAUGUUUUGAUUGCUGGAAAAGACCCACAGGAACUGGUUGCGCGUGUCCGUGCAGUGUUGCUCAAGUUCAAGGAGGUGGGGUUGCAACUGAAAAAAGAAAAAUGCAGUUUUGGGGUGCCAACUGUGGAUUUCUUGGGGUUUAAAAUUGAUGCAUCAGGCAUCCACCCCACAGAUGCUAAGAUUAAGGCCAUCAUCGAGGCACCACGACCACAGAACAAGACGGAGUUGCAGUCAUUCCUGGGACUUAUUAACUUUUAUCAUUCGUUCUUACCCCAGAAAGCUUCGGUAGCUGAACCAUUACAUAGACUAUUGCAGAAAAAGAAUGUGUGGCGAUGGGGGCGGGAGCAGCAGAAGGCUUUUGACUCCUUGCGAGGAAUGCUGAGUAGCAGGAGCGUCCUUGCUCAUUAUGAUGAGUCAAAGCCGCUGGUCCUGGCAUGUGAUGCCUCUCAAUACGGUCUGGGGGCUGUGCUGAGUCAUAGGGAACCGGAUGGGUCGGAAAAGCCCAUCUCUUUCUAUUCCCGUACGUUGUCGCCCACAGAGCGCAACUAUGCUCAAAUUGAUAAAGAGGCACUGGCUAUUGUGUCCGGAAUCAAAAGGUUCUAUGAUUAUUUGUACGGUCGCCAUUUCUCCAUUGAAACGGACCACAAACCACUGUUAGGGUUGUUCAACCCAAACAAACAAACGCCACAAAUUCUCUCCCCCAGAAUGUUGCGUUGGUCAAUAUUCCUGAAUGGGUUCCAGUACACCUUGACCCAUGUGCCGGGGAAACAGUUGUGCCAUGCUGAUGCGCUGAGUCGAUUGCCCCUUCCUGGCGGGAGCAAUGAGGAUCCUGCUCCGGCGGAGCACAUUAUGAUGCUAGAAACACUUCCGGGGGCUCCUGUAACAGCUACGGAUAUAGCUGAGAAAACUAGGAAAGAUGCUGUUCUCUCCCGUGUGCUCACUUGGGUGGGGAGGGGGUGGCCAGGUGGUCCGCAUGAAGAAAAAUUCAGGCCUUAUGCGACAAGGCAGCACGAAUUGUCCAUGCAUAAGGGUUGUCUCCUAUGGGGAGAUAGGGUGAUAAUCCCAGCACCACUGAGAAACAGGGUUCUUGAGACGCUUCACAUGGGACACCCGGGAAUGGUCAGGAUGAAGUCGCUAGCCCGAUGUUAUGUGUGGUGGCCUGGAAUGGACCAGAACAUAGAACAAUGGGUACGAACAUGCAAGGCAUGCCAAGAGGUGCGGCCAGAAGUGGCCAGAGCACCAGUCCACUGGUGGGAGCAGUCCAGGACUCCCUGGAGCCGGCUGCACAUAGAUUUUGCUGGGCCAUUCCAAGGGAAGGUCUUUUUGGUUAUCGUUGAUGCAUAUUCCAAAUGGUUAGAAGUGGCGAUGGUCCCUAGCAUGGCAUCAGCUGCCGUAAUCAAGGUGUUGAGGCAGCUGUUUGCUACCCACGGGUUACCUGAGACCAUUGUAUCAGAUAAUGGGGCAGCUUUUGUAUCCCAAGAAUUCAGGGCAUUCUUGGCUGAUAACUUUAUAAGAGGGGUCACAUCCGCGCCCUUUCACCCAUCCUCCAAUGGGCAGGCUGAGCGCAUGGUAAGAACAGCCAAAGAAUCCAUUGCGCGCUUAAUGGAGGGUAACUGGUCGGCUCGCAUUGCGCGAAUGUUAUUUUUGCAGCAUGCGACGCCGUGUACUGCGACGGGCAAGUCGCCAGCCGAGCUGCUCUUAGGUAGAAGACUGGUAACGGUGCUGGAUUAUGUCCACCCAGAUAAAAUGCCAAACCGUAAUUCAAGAGCAACCCCCCAGGCUGAGACUGACACAACAAGGUAUCUCGCCCCUGAAGAUCUGGUCUGGGUGAGGAACUAUUCACGAGGUCCGCGGUGGGUGGCCGGUGUGAUCACCCGGGCUAGUGGACCUGUGUCCUAUUAUGUGACCUUGGAAAAUGGGCAAGUUUGGAAGAGACAUAUAGAUCAGCUGAGGCGCCGGGCGCUCAGCAGGGAGGAGUCAGAUAAUUCAUCCCUGGCUAAUGACGCACAGCUGCAAGACCAGAGUGAAAAUGGUCCAGAGGUACAGUCACCAGGGGCUUCAGCAAAUGAACCAGGGUCUGCUAGUCCUCAUGAUGACGAGGUACAGGUCGGGGACCCUGAGAUGUCUGGGACUCCAUCUGUUCCUGAUGAAACCCCUAUAGCAGCCCCUCCACCACAGGUAACACCCAAUCCAGAACCUGCAACACCUGUUGUCAGGAGAUCAGGUAGAAGUUGUAGGACCCCACAGUACCUGAGGGAUUACGUCUGCUGUGCUCACUAGGGGGGGAGGGGUGUUGUGUAUUGAGUCAAAGGAUUUUAUAUCUGUAUUAUUAUUGUCUGUAUUUGCAUUAGGAUAAAGUAACUGCCUUUUGGUUCCAGAGGGUACAGCUACUAUUGGUUCAUUUAAGCUGCUGUAUUUGGAUCCUCUGUCUUAUUGGUUUCCUCCAAAAGGCAGCACUGUGAUUGCUUGAUAUUGUUCCCUCCAAAAUGUAUCCCUUCCUAGCUAGUCCCCUGUCCCUAUAAAUGUAGCUUUCCUCUCCUCAGUCUUCAGUCUUGUUCACUUUAAUAAAGAGCUGUUACUAGAGAACUGUCUCCAGCAUGUUUUGUCAAGAGAGCUGAAAUCACAAACCCCACGUCACAACAGGUAGAAUAAAAGUACCAUAGAAGUACAGAUUUAUAAUGGACUUCAAAUGCCCCAUUGUCAGUGAUCUCUAAAGGUAAAUCCUUAACAGAAGUUUACCUGACAUAACAUUCUGUGCACUUAUCCACUAAAAUAUGAAACAAGUUGCCUUGCUGCAGAAGCUGAAUAAUCGAUUUUGGCUUGAUUUUAGGUUUGCAAAACUGCUAAUUCUCAGCAGUGCAGAUCAGUUCUCUUCUUAGUUCUAAUACAGUGGCAGGAUAUUGGGUUGAAGCUAGCAGAUCUGGGUGGUAGAUUAUAAUUCUCAGUUUCCUAUAAGUAAAAUGGGAACAUUACUUUCCUAUUUUCUGCAUACAUAUUUUUACAUCCAUGCAAGCAGCAUCAGUGUACAAAAGCUCAGCCCCCAAAGGUUCUACCCUACAGAACUCUCAGUUUGACAACAGGGAGAUAACAGAAGGAAGAAAGGUUUGGGAAAGGCAAUACAUCAUCCUCAGGUGAUCAAAAUAAUAGGAAUUCUGCUUUUUCUAUAGCAGCAUCUUCAUAAAGACCAAAUGUCUGUAAUAUGACAUCAGAACUCAAAUUUCUUUGUGUGUUUUUGCAUCAGGCUGCAAUUCUAGACCCAGAUACUGGUAGUAAUCCUCACUGAACUCAGUAGGGCUGACUUCUGAGUAGACAUGUUUAGAAUUGUGCUGUGAUUCCCUGAAAGAUGUUACAGGUAGGUAGCCAUGUUGGUCUGACGUUUUCGAAACAAACAAACAAAUAAAUUCCUUCCAGUAGCACCUUAGAGACCAACUAAGUUUGUCAUAGGUAUGAGCUUUCGUGAAGUGUGCAUGCACA